AUGUCUGGCGAACACGAGAACGGCAGCCCUUCUGCCGGUGGCCAAGACGCUGCGCCUGCAGUCGAACACUUGAACAUUAAGGUCACCGACAACAACAACGAAGUCUUCUUCAAGAUCAAACGCUCUACCAAACUUGACAAACUCAUGACAGCCUUUUGCGAGAGACAAGGAAAGGCUAUGAAUUCCGUACGAUUCCUUUUCGAGGGCCAACGUGUGCAGCCCACAGAUACCCCGGACACGCUCGAGAUGGCGGAUGGAGAUACUCUGGAGGUGCACCAGGAACAGGUCGGUGGCUCUUUCUAG